AUGCCGCCCUCUCAGCUAAAGCAGCUGAAGGCUUCACUCCGUGAGACUGGAGUUCUUGGUCCUCAGAAGUCCAAGAAAGAGAAACGCCAAAAUGCGAAGACCGGCGUCGGUGCGAAGAAUCGCAACCAGCGCGAGGCCGCCUUACAAGCAAUCCGAGAUCGCUUCAACCCAUUCGAGAUCAAAAUGACCAAUAAAUCCAGCAAGUUUGAUGUUACAACCAGAGACGGCAACACAACUGCUGGUGGUGGCGCUCGCCCAGGUGUUACUAAAUCACUGGGUGAAGAAAGGCGCCGUGCGACACUUCUGAAAGAGAUGAACAGCCGCAACAAGGUCGGUGGACUUAUCGAUCGCCGAUUCGGUGAGAAUGAUCCCACCAUGACACCCGAGGAACGAGCCGCCGAAAGAUUCGCAAGAGAGAGCCAGAGAAAGAUGCGCAAGGAGUCCAUGUUCAACCUUGAAGAUGAUGAGGAUGAGAUGCAACUUACUCACAUGGGUCAAUCUUUGACCUUCGACGGCCCGGUCCAAGACGAUUUUGAGGCGGGAGGAGAGUUGGGGGAUUUGGAAGCCGCGGAAUCCGACGAAGAGUCAUCGCGGAAACGGAAGCGACUCGCCGAUGGCGAUGAGGCCGAGGACCAGGAAGACUUCAUCGACUAUGGAGACGAAGAGCAGCCCGGGCGCAAGAAAACCAAGGCCGAGGUCAUGAAGGAAGUCAUUGCGAAGUCCAAGUUCUACAAAGCGGAACGGCAACAGGCCAAAGACGAUGAUGAAGACCUGAGGGAGGAAUUAGAUAAACAGCUUCCUGACCUUUUCGAGGCUUUGCGAGGCAUCAAGCCUGCGCCCAAGCCAGUGGCAGAGGCGCCAAAGCACGAUUUCUCGGAGAUGAAUCCAGAGCGAGCUGCCAUGAUGGGGCAAUCGCAAAACAAGGAUCCAGAAAAGGAAUACGAUCAGCGCCUCAGGCAAAUGACAUUCGACCAACGAUCAAAACCCACAGAUCGCACAAAGACAGAGGAGGAGAAGGCCGAGGAAGAGGCGGAGCGGCUCAAGAAACUCGAGAGCGACCGGCUUCGCCGAAUGCGCGGAGAGCCGCUCACUGACGACGAGGAAGACAACAUGGAUCAGGACGAAGGCUUGGAGGAUGACGAGUCGGAAAUCGACGAUGCUACCCAUUUCGGCCUUCCAGCCUACCCCACUGAGACGCGCCCUGAACUCGCCGUUGAAGAUGAAGAUGAUUUUAUCAUCGACUCAGAUCUGGUUGAAACAGAUUCGAAUGCCAGUCUCGCCAUGGAUAGUGACGAGGAAGAGGAAGGAGAGUCGUCAAGCGAUGAGUCUGAAGGGCCAGAUGGGGAGGACGAACUCAUCAACGGCAUGACCUUACCAACAUACGAUGCCGCUGCCACCUCGACUACUACCGAAGUGAGCAAGGGAUCAGAUGGAAAGCUUGCAUUCACAUACCCCUGUCCCAAGGACCACGAAAGCUUCCUGAAUGUCAUCAAGGACUUGCCUGUCGAGGAAAUCCCAACAGUCAUUCAGCGUAUCCGCGCCUUGCAUCACCCUCGGCUCAAGCCUGGCAACAAAGAUAAGCUUGGUCGAUUUGCUGAAGUCCUAGUUGAACAUGUUGUUUACAUGGGUAAUGCGAGUGGGAGACCUCCAUUCGCGAUCAUUGAGAAUAUCAUCCGUCACAUCCAUUCCUUGGCCAAGACCCAUCCUUUGAAUGUGACGAUCGCGUGCCGCGCAGUUCUCCGUGAGAUUGGCAAGGAACGCCCACUUGCUCUGCUUCCGGGCGAUCUCGUCCUUCUUACUGGCAUUUCAAGCUUCUUCCCCACAUCAGAUCACUUCCAUACGACAGCGACACCUGCUCAUCUCUGCCUAGCUCGUUACCUGGGUCAGUGCACUACCACCUCUCUUUCGGACCUUGCACGUGGUGUAUUUGCCGCAAGUCUUUGCCUUCAAUAUCAAGCCACCUCGAAGAGAUACAUGCCCGAGUUCAUUAAUUAUACUUUGAACGCCCUCUGCAAUCUUUCCCCUACGGAGCCAACUGUCAAAUUUGGAUCUUUCCCCUACAGACAGUCGCAGGAGUCUGUUCGACUCGCAUCCUCCAAGAAGGUCACACCACGCAAGCUGCAAUUCCACGAUGUGACCACUUCUCCCUCUCAGCCCGAGGCGCAAGAGGAACUCAAGAUUUCCCUCUUGACUACUCUGGUGUCUCUCCUUGGCUCUGCUUCCGACACCUGGGCCGAGAAAUCCGCUUUCACUGAGAUCUUCACGCCAGCCCGUGCCGUUCUGCAAUUCCUCCAGCAAUCACUCAAGGGCAAGACAUACGCAGCAGCUCGCGAGCCCAUUCAGAGCACCUUGAACAAGAUCGAUGCCCACCUCGCGCAGGCUCGUCUAGUUCGCCGUCCGCUGUUCUUGCAUGACCACAAGCCCCUGGCCAUCAAGACAGCUAUUCCUAAGUUCGAGGAGAACUUCAACCCCGACAAGCAUUACGAUCCCGAUCGCGAGCGUGCGGAGUCCAACCGUCUCAAGAAGGAGUUCAAGCGCGAGCGCAAGGGUGCCAUGCGCGAGCUCCGCAAGGAUGCCAGCUUCGUUGCUCGCGAGAAGCUGCGCGAGAAGAAGGAACGCGAUUCCGAGUACGAGAAGAAGUACAAGCGUCUUGUUGCGGAGAUUCAAAGUCAGGAGGGUCGUGCUGCCAACGAGUACGAGCGGGCACGUGGCAAACGGUAA